AUGCUUCUACUGUUCCGAAUGGGUUUAAAGCAAUAUAUUCAGAGGCACCGCUGCGGUAUUCUUUGCAUAUGUUGGAUUUGAUGCCGUUGCUAAUUCAGCUGAAGAAUCAAGGAAGCCUCAGAUCAACAUGUUUCUAUUUGUUUUAUGCUUCUCCUGUUUCGAAUUGGUUUAAAGCAAUAUAUUCAGAGGCGCCGCUGCGGUAUUCUUUGCAUAUGUUGGAUUUGAUGCCGUUGCUAAUUCAGCUGAAGAAUCAAGGAAGCCUCAGGAAUCUUGGGAAGCUUGCUUAUAUGUGCUGGAUUAUACGUUGGAGUUUGCUUGGUGAAACACCGGGUUGGUUCUCAAAGAUGAGUAUUUACUAGAGUUGCUACCUAUUUCAAAGAUGAGUAUUUGUUGGGUUGGUUCUCAAUUGUUUUCAUCUUCUUUUUUUAUUUACAUAUCUGCAGAAAGAAUUCCUUUUCCUUCUUUUUGGCUAAAUUUUUACGAAAAAAAAAAAAAGUACUCUUGCUUUUGUUAAACAGAAAUGAAAAAGGGUAAAAAGUAUAAAAGCAGUUUCGCAGAAGCAAAACAAUGGUGAAAUGGGCUUCCAACGCAGGGUAAAUGGGCUAAGAUAGCCCAAAACGACUUUAAAUAUAGUCCAUUUCACCAAAAUGACUAAGAAAAACCCGACGUCCCAAAACGACUUAAAAAUCUUCAAUUUACUGCGUUUCCUUCAUAUCAUCAUGAUCGCCAUUUCCCGCUCUGCCAUUUUUCCUAAACUGUUCCUAAAUUUCAGUAUUAUGCGUUUGCUUCAUAUUACUUUUCAACUGCAGAAAACUACCCAUUACAUGCGCCUUUAUUUCAUCCAGUUUCUGUUUAGAUUUGUGUUUGCUUUCGAACAAUUGAAAUGGAAAAAGGAAGAGAGUCUAUCAGCACUUUAGUCAAGAAUAAAUUUGGAACUAGAAUACGUGUUCGAUUAAGUCGAAUUUGGAAUGCAGGUAUUGAUGCUAUGGAUGAGAAAGAUUUGGGUCUUGAUGCUGUGGCAAUAGAUGAGAAGGUGAGGAAAGUUUUCGAUUUUUAUUAUCUGUUUAGGUUUCAAUUUUUUUAUUUAAAUUGUAGUUUUGAUAUCAUUGCGAAUCUAAUUCUGUAUGGUGAUGUUAUCCAUAUUGUUAUGGAAAGAAAGUGUGCCCAAAUUC